UGGUAGGGACAGAAGCGGGCAGCACCCCAACUUCUCCCCUACGUCGACCCUCCUGGCUGCUGUGGGCUAGGGUUGGCUUGCCCCAGAUCGGGUCAUCGGCAGCUGGCUCCCCUGGGACCAGGUUUCCAGCACCUUCCAGGGACCAUGCAUUGGUCCUACUGACCCAGGAGUAGGGACCUGUGGGCAGGGCACCUGGAAUGGGCUGUGUGUUCUGCAAGAAAUUGGAACCUGCAUCCAAAGAGGAUGCGGAAGAGGAUGACAGGAACCGUGGGGCUGAAGAACGCUAUUACCCUGACCCCACUCAAGGCCUUGGCAGGCCACAGGUCUUCUCUCCUCAGCCCACCAGCCCGGGUUUUCUUGUUAACACGAGGAACAUACCAGGGACGGGAGUGACCAUGUUCGUUGCCCUGUAUGACUAUGAGUCCAGGACAGGGGAUGACCUUACCUUCACCAAAGGCGAGAAGUUCCACAUCCUGAACAACACUGAAAGUGACUGGUGGGAGGCUCGGUCCCUGAGUUCCGGACGCACUGGCUACAUCCCCAGCAACUACGUGGCUCCUGUGGAUUCCAUCCAGGCUGAAGAGUGGUACUUUGGAAAGAUCAGUAGAAAGGAUGCAGAGAGGCAGCUUCUCUCACCUGGCAACCCCCAGGGGGCCUUUCUCAUCCGGGAAAGUGAAACCACCAAAGGUGCCUUCUCCCUGUCCAUCCGUGAUUGGGACCAGAAGAGAGAGGAUCACGUAAAGCAUUAUAAGAUCCGGAAGCUGGACAUGGGUGGCUACUACAUCACCACGCGGGCCCAGUUCGAAACCGUGCAGGACCUGGUGCGGCACUAUAUGGAAUUCAAUGAUGGUCUGUGCUACUUGCUCACGGCGCCCUGUACCACCAUGAAGCCGCAGACGCUGGGCCUGGCCAAGGAUGCCUGGGAGAUCAACCGUAGCUCCAUAACGCUGGAGCGCAGACUGGGCACCGGCUGCUUUGGAGAUGUGUGGCUGGGCACGUGGAACUGCAGCACAAAGGUGGCAGUGAAGACCCUGAAGCCCGGCACCAUGUCCCCGAAGGCCUUUCUGGAGGAGGCGCAGAUCAUGAAGUUGCUGAGGCAUGACAAGCUGGUGCAGCUGUACGCGGUGGUGUCGGAGGAACCCAUUUAUAUUGUGACAGAGUAUAUGUGCCACGGUAGCUUGCUGGAUUUCCUAAAGGAUCGAGGAGGCCAGAACUUGAGGCUGCCCCAUCUAGUGGACAUGGCCGCCCAGGUAGCCGGUGGCAUGGCCUACAUGGAGCGGAUGAACUACCUCCACAGAGACCUGAGAGCAGCCAACAUCCUGGUGGGAGAGCAGCUGGUGUGCAAGAUAGCUGACUUCGGGCUGGCGCGCCUCAUAGAGGAUAAUGAAUACAACCCCCGCCAAGGGACCAAGUUCCCCAUCAAGUGGACCGCGCCAGAGGCUGCCCUCUAUGGCAGAUUCUCUGUCAAGUCAGAUGUGUGGUCCUUCGGGAUCUUGCUCACUGAACUGAUCACCAAGGGCCGAGUUCCUUACCCAGGCAUGAACAACCGGGAAGUGUUGGAACAGGUAGAGCAUGGCUACCACAUGCCAUGCCCUCCAGGCUGCCCAGCAUCCCUGUAUGACAUCAUGGAGCAGACCUGGCGCCUGGAUCCGGAGGAAAGACCCACCUUUGAGUACCUGCAGUCCUUCCUGGAAGACUAUUUUACCUCCACAGAACCACAGUACCAGCCUGGAGACCAGACAUAGCCUGGCUGGGUGUCAGUGACCCUCUGGGAAUGGCUACUUACCCUUGCCAAUCCCCAGGGCUCUCUGACCCCAGGGCCCCCAGUCUUGAACCCUGUAGAGUCUAAGAAGGUCAGAAGCUGUGAAGCCAUUUUAUAGAUGGGGCAAAUGGAGGCUGGGAGCUCAUCUCUUACCUUCUCUGACCCCAAGCACUCUCUCUUCCCUUCCUACCUAUGCCCCACGCAAAAAUCUAGGGCGCCCCACUCAUUCUGCGCACGAAGCAAAUGGAUGCUCUUACCUACUCUGACCCCAGGCACCAUUUUUCCUGCCCCACUAGGCUCCUACAUGCUGUUAGCCUCUUUCUUCCAUCUCCUAAAAAUACUCACUUUGUCUAGUUAUUUAUAAAAUUGUGUUUCCCUUCCUUCACUUAUCUCUUAUUCCUGCUUUCUACCUCCUGUCAGCCUGCUCCACUCCAGGCCCGAAGAAUUUAAUUACUGCUCUUGGUUCUCUUGGAUUUCUCCAAGUUACAAGGGCAGGGAACAUCUUUGUUUGAUUCGCUUCCUGCAGACCGGAUGCUCUGGUCCAGGCCCGGGUCUGAGGGAGAGAGCUGGGGAAGGCUCCUGCCUCUCUGCAUAAUGUGCAUGUGUUUAUUCUCUGUGUAAACAAUAAUGAUGCGAACAUUGAGUCGUGAAACUUCCCUGAGCCAUCUUUGGGGAGGGGUGGUAGUCCACAGAAGAUGAACUGGCUAUUGGGGAGCAGGUGGCGAGGAGUUCCCUUUUGUCUACUAAGUUCAAGGUACCCAGUGCAUGAAGCUUCAGAACACCCACAGCCCCACUGCUCAUCCACACGUCGGUUUACCAUGGGUUGAGAAACAGAGAAAUCAGGCAGUUCCUUACCUGAUGUCAGUCAGUUCCUCACCCAUUGGGAUAGUGUCUGACUCAGGUUUUUAUUGUUGUGAAGAGACACCAUGACUACAGCAAUUUUUAUAGAUGAAAACGUUUGAUUGGAGUGGUUCGCUUACACCUCCAGAGGUUCAGUCCAUUAUCGUCAUGGCAGGGAGCAUGGCGGCAGGCAGGCAGUUGUGCUGGAGUAGUUUAGCUGAGAGUCCUAUAUCUUGCAGGCAACAGGAAGUGGACUGAGACACUGGGCUAUAGACACUGAGCAUGGGAAACCUCAAAGCCCGCCCCCACAGUGACACACUUCCUCCAGCAAGGCCACAUCCACUCCAACAAAGCCACACCUCCUUAUCGUGCCAUUCCCAUACAAUUAUGGGGGCCAAUUACAUUCAAACCACCACUGACAGCCUCAGGCUUCCCACAGCAGAGGCAUGGAGAAGAAUAAACAGACCUUCUGUAGCUAUCAGGUUGUCCAAAUCAGGGCAUAGGAGGACCUCAUGGAGGUGUUCUUCCCCACCCCAGGGAACUUUUGGAAA